AUGCAGUCCUCCAAACAUAUGAAUACGAACACGCAAAGUGUCUCUCCCCAACUCACUCGGAUAGACACCACUGGCACCUCCCAAAGCCAGUCCCAGUCGCUGUCACCCACCAACUCUCGCAAACGAUCCAUCGACCAGGUUCUGCAGCUUCAACUUCAACCUCCGGAGCCCCUAGCACACAGCGCCAGUGGCACGAUCUCACGCAAAGGCCGAGCAUGUCUCUCGUGCCGCAAACUCAAGGUCAAAUGCGACAGUCUCGAACGGGGGGAUGCCGGAUGUUCGCGCUGUCAACGACUGGGACUGGACUGUAUCACGUCGAAACGGAUGCGCGUCAGUCUGUCGGAGGACGGUGAAGGGGGCGGUGAAAAUGCUCAUCCUGCCAUCGUCCGGCUGGAUCGGGCCGUCGAGGAUAUCCUGGCCAGGUUGAAAAUGCCGCCUUUGGACUCGUAUCUCAAGACGCAUCCGUCACAGCAGCAACAGCAACAGCAACAGCAACAGGAAGAGUCGGAGCAACAGACCCAAAGCCAAGCUGACUCAAAGACGCGGCCAUCGUUGUCUCCAGCCGCGGAGUCCAAGACGCAAUAUCACCAACCGCAACCCGAUGCCACAGGCCUCACUGCACCAGGCUCAGGCUCAGGUUCUUCCAAUUCGCAUCCACCCGGACUCACCACUCACCACUCGUCGUCUAACCACCUGAACUUAGAAUCCAACGCGCAGACCACGCGCGAGAACUCACGCGAACCCAACGCCGAAGAUGCGCAUGAAAUGGCCCCAGCGCCAAUGGGCAGUCUCUACGAAGUGACGCAGCUAAACACACUCCGAAGCCGACUCAAGUACGGCGACCCAGCACGACGCAACUCGCGCAAGAACAUGGAACACGACCUGAUUUCCAUGGGGGUGAUCAGCCUCGACGAAGCAGAAGAGAUGUUUGUUCUAUUCAAAACCUCACUGUCGCGAUACCUGUUCGAUGCACCGAUCCACGAAUCGCGAUCAUUACUGUCUGUGCGAGAAUCGUCGACUUUGUUCUUCACGGCCAUCAUCACAGUCACAUCGCUCCAUAUCCCCGGCAAGGAGAAGAUCCACGCCGCGGCACACAAGCACCUGAGGGAUCUGAUCGCCACCUCGUUCUUCGACCGCUUCCAUACCCUCGAAGAUAUCCGGGCUUUAUGUAUUGCGGCCUUCUGGCUCCCUGACCUCAGCUGGAAACUGUCGGGCCACUGUGUCCGGAUGGCCACGGAACUGAACCUGCAUCAAGCAUUCUUCAAGGCAUUGUAUUCGCAGCAGAAACAGUCGGAAACAGAACGCGGACAUGCCUUUGAGCGUGCGAGACUAUGGUAUCUUUUGUAUGUCCUCGACCACCAUUUCAGUAUUGCCUAUGGUCGACCCCCUGUGACCACGGAGUUGCAGGCCAUCAAGGAAUACGAGGUUUUUUUAAACGCGCCCGAGUGCACUACUUCCGAUCGACGGGUCUUGUCGCAGGUCACGCUGUUUAUUAUCCUCAGUCGCGCUUAUAAUCAUUUCGGGCUUGAAGCUGAGCGACUGAUGGAUGGUGAUGACGAGACUUUGCGCACACAUCAGCGGUUCAUGGACGAUUUGGACAGCUGGAGGUAUCAGUUUCGACAUGCGCUGAAUCGUGAUUCUCAUGUGGGUGAUUAUCCGGGUGUUGGCGUCGAACUCCACUACCACUUCGCAUCCAUGAUGCUCAACUCCCUCGCCCUCCGCGGCCGCAGUCUAGCCACCAUUUCGUCAACAUCGACCCUUCCAUUAUCGUUACGCCCACUGGCCUCCCACGCCAUUCUGUCAGCUCACCAGAUCCUGGGCAUUGUGCUCCAAGAGCCAUCGAUCCGCGACUCCAUGGUCGGUGUGCCCCUGUAUUUGCACACGGUGAUUGCGUUCGCCGUGGUGUUCUUGAUCAAGAUGUCGUCACGCUGGACGGGUAUUGGAGUCAAUAUUGAUCCGGAAGUCAAGACGCGGCCCUUGAUUGAGGCUGUUAUUGAUUUGUUUAGGGCUUGUCGCGCGGGCAGGAAUCAUAUUUUGUAUGCGAUGGCGGAUGGGUUUGAGAGGUUGUUGGUGAGGAAUUUGGGGAAUAAUAAUGGGAAUUCGAAUGUGAAUGGGCAUGCAACCAACGGGAAGGGGGAAGAAUAUGAUGGCCAUGUUGGUCGUCAACAACAGCAGCAGACCCAAAGUCAACAUCAAGGUCUGGCUGUUGGCCCUGCACUGGCUGCCAGCGACGGCGGCGGUGGUAGUAGUCAACCACGACUCGGACCGCAACGGCCAGCAGAAGGAGGAGGAGAAGAAGAAGAAGAAGAAGAAGAAGCAGCAGCAGCGGCAUCUCUACAGCGUCUUGUUCAACAGUCACGGGCCCAGCAGCAACAUGGCCCGGAGAUAUAUCUACAUCACCAGCAUCAGCAUCAGCAGCAUCAACCUCGAUCUAAUGGUGAAAGUGGUGAAAUGACACAGGUCCAACAUUACGGAGAGGACAGCAGCUUUUUGGCUCAACGACAACGACAAUUGCAUCAUGGGUAUUCCACAACACCGCCUACUGGAGUAGCAUCUCCAGUGCCACGUUCAGCAACGGCAGCAGCAACAACAACAACAACAAAUACUAAUGCACCGCAUACCGUUACGAACAAGCCCGCAGAUGCAAGGUCAAAUGCGAAUACGGACACAAACGCGAGCAGCAAUAAUAUGAGUCUGAGCACCAACAAUGGCAUGGAGGUCGAUGACCAUCGUCAAAAUGCCGAUACCGGUCCCAUUGCCGACACAAAUCCACUAAGCGGGCCUGGACAUGUCUCUGCCUCCAGACCAGAACCAGGACAUCCGCUCGAAUCUGGAGCUGGAUCAGCAGGAGCAGAAGUGGAAACAGCAGAACCAACAGAAUCAUACUACUACGAAGGCUGGCAGACCGAAGACGACAUGCUCUGGAGCAUGGGCAUGGGCUACGAUCUGUUGGCCAUGGCGCCGGACGUUAAUGCUUUGGGACUUGGCUUGGGGUAUAAUGGGCUUUUUAGUCCUACUGGUAUGGGUAGUGGAAACGGGUGGCCCGGGCCGGGGUCGGGUGGUGAUGGAGGAGGACCAGGAGCAGGAGCGGGACCAGGACCGGGAGAGGGGGGAUGGUAG